AGAAAUUGAGUUUGCUCUCCCCCAGUUCAACUCGCCGUUGGCAGAUUCUACGUUACGCAUUCAGUGCGGCGCAUAUCUUGAAAGAGCUAGCGGUGGAGGAAAAUCUUCAUAGGAAAGAUUUGGUAUCGUUUCCUUACCCGAGCCCGGCCAUGGACGACCAGGCAGGGCCCGGCGUCUUUUUUAACAAUAAUAACAAUUCGAUAUUGCAAAGUGGAGGAAAAGGACCACUACCCGAAGGCGAUGGUGGGGAAGCAGUAAGGGCUCAGUACAGUAUACCGGGGAUCUUGCACUUUCUGCAGCACGAAUGGGCCCGUUUUGAAGUGGAACGAGCACAAUGGGAGAUGGAGCGGGCCGAAUUACAGGCUCAGAUAGCCUUCCUGCAGGGUGAGCGGAAGGGCCAGGAGAACCUGAAGAAGGACCUGGUGCGGCGGAUCAAGAUGCUGGAGUACGCGCUGAAGCAGGAGAGGGCGAAGUUCCAUAAGCUAAAGUAUGGGACUGAACUGAAUCAGGGCGACAUGAAGCCUCCCAGCUACGACUCCGAUGAGUGCAAUGAAAAUGAGGCUCCGAACUCCCUGAACAACCAGCUGUCCUGGAAGCAGGGCCGACAGCUCCUCAGGCAGUACUUGCAAGAGGUGGGCUACACGGACACCAUCCUGGACGUGAAGUCCCAGCGGGUGCGUGCUCUGCUGGGCCUGGCGGGGGAUGGCAGCACCGGUGGCGGAGGUGGAGGAGGUGGAGGAGAGCGAGGCGGUGGAGGAGAGCGAGGCGGUGAGCGAUCAGCACAGGAGCCCCUGGUCAACGGCACGGACAUCAAACCCAAGGGAGCCAGCACUGGGGGGAAAGCCCAGCAGUCAGACUCUAAUGCUGUGCUGGAGGCCUUCAAGUUCAUUGAGAGCGCUGCUGCCGAAUUGAGCGAUGAGGACGACGAUGAGGACAGCGAUGGGAAGGACAGGACCAUCAUGGACUCGGGCACGAUUGUGAGGAAGAAGCCCUCCUCUUCCUCCUCACCGUCCAUGUCCCCCUCCAAAGACACCGGCGAAGAAAUGGACACCGAGGAGGCCCUGAAGGGUUUUGACUUUCUGUGCAGCCCAGACGAGAUGGACACAUCGCCCGACCUCAGGAGCUCGGGCGACGGCACAGACUGGGAGAAAGAGGAUCACCCUAUGGGGGAGGCCUGGGACGUGGACCAGGGCACGAUAACCAAACUCAAGGAGCAGUACAGAAAAGAGCGCAAGGGCAAAAAGGGGGGAAAGAGGCCCAACCGCUCUAAGCUGCAGGACAUGCUGGCCAACCUACGGGACUCCGAGGACACGUCCCCCCUCCAGCCCCCUGUCACCCCGCCCUCCAGGCCCAGCGUGCCACGGCUCAACGAACACGACAACAGCCGCCCAGACGAAGUGGAGUCUCUGACCUUCCCCCCCACCUCAGGGAAGUCCUUCAUCAUGGGGGCGGAAGAGACCAUGGAGAGUGAGAUGGGCUUAGGGGAGCUGGCUGGACUCACCGUGGCCAACGAGGCCGACAACCUCACCUACGACAUGGCCAACAAUAAAGAUGCCUUGCGGAAGACAUGGAACCCCAAGUUCACCCUGCGCAGCCACUUUGACGCGAUCAGAGGGCUGGCCUUCCAUCCUGUAGAACCGGUUCUGGUCACUGCGUCUGAGGACCACACGCUCAAGAUGUGGAACCUACAGAAAACGGCACCCGUCAAGAACAGGAGUGCCUCUUUGGAUGUGGAGCCCAUCUACACGUUCAGGGCCCAUCGGGGUGCGGUUCUGUGUGUAGUGAUGAGUAGUACAGGAGACCAGUGUUUCAGUGGAGGACUGGACAGCACCAUCCAGAGCUGGACCACCCCCAGCCCCACCAUCGACCCCUACGACUCAUAUGAGCCCUCAGUCCUGCGGGGAGCACUGUGUGGCCACACAGACGCGGUGUGGGGACUGGUGUACAGCAGUGCUCACCAGCGCCUCCUCUCCUGCUCGGCCGACGGCACAGUGAGACUCUGGAACGCCACGAACAUCGCCCCGUCCCUGGCCGUCUUCAACGAGAACAAGGAGCUGGGCAUCCCGUCCUCAGUGGACCUGGUCUGCAGUGACCCAGCCCACAUGGUCACCUCCUUCAGCAAUGGCAGACUGGGCCUCUUCAACAUGGAGACCCGGCAGCUGGUCCUCAACCUGGAGUCUACAGUGGAGCCAGGUUCUCUCUGUCAGAUCAACAAAGUGCUGAGUCACCCUACCCUGCCCAUCACCAUCACGGCCCAGGAGGACCGCCACAUCAAGUUCUACGACAACAACACGGGAAAAGUGAUUCACGCCAUGGUGGCCCAUUUAGAUGCAGUCACGAGUCUAGCUGUUGAUCCAAAUGGACUGUAUCUGAUGUCGGGGAGCCACGACUGCUCCAUCCGUCUGUGGAAUCUGGGCGACAAGACCUGCAUCCAGGAGUUCACCGCCCACCGCAAGAAGUUCCAGGAGUCCAUCCACGACGUGGCGUUCCACCCCACCAAAUGCUUCAUCGCCAGUGCCGGGGCAGACGCACUCGCCAAGGUCUUCGUAUGACCUGGGCCCGCCUCCACCUCCGCCUCGUUGAGCCUGGCCCCAAAAGCAAAGCCUCCUCAGGACACACGCCUAGAGUGGGGGGGGGGUCAGGUUGGGUAUGGUGGGGGGGCAGAGCCAUGGCCCCUCCCAUACCUCUCUGUGCCCCUUUCUUAGUAUUGUUUCUUUCUCUUGUCAUUGUUUCUCAAAUGUCUGGCCUUCUCACUGGACUCUGCAGACCAGCUGAUAGUCCAGACAGACACUGUGGCAGAGCUGGGACUUAACUGGGAAGUCAGAGACGAGACGAGAGGAGAGGAGUGGAGAUGGAAAAAGGGGAGCGGCCAGGACAUGGGGAUGGGGGGUGGGGGGGGGUGAAAAGCUGGCUGGCACCUAAAGCCUGCAUCCCCUCUGUUCCCCCCGUACACAUACAGACAGACACACACACACACACACACUCGUCUGUGAGCCUCCAGCACACAGUGCUUGACGACCACCUGCAGCAGCAGCAGACAUGAGGUCCCUGUGGCGGGCAGGAAAUCCUCCUGGAAAUACGAGGGAUCGAUUGGUUGGGUCUAGCUGGUCGAUUAGACCGAACCGUACAGCCACCAAACCCUGAU